CGUGGGUGCCGCGCGCUGAUGGCGCGCGCAGUCAUGGACCGCAACCCCUCGCCGCCGCCGCCUAGUCGGGACGAGGAGGAGGAUGAUGAGGGGGCUGGAGGAGACUGCAUAGGGAGCACGGUCUACAGCAAACACUGGCUCUUUGGCGUCCUCAGCGGUCUUAUCCAGAUUGUUAGACCUCAAAACACCAAAUCCAGCUCAUAUGAUGAGGAGCAGCAGAUGGAGCUUGAUGAAGAAAUGGAGAAUGAAAUUUGCAGAGUAUGGGAUAUGUCAAUGGAUGAGGAUGUGGCUUUGUUUCUUCAAGAAUUUAAUGCUCCUGACAUAUUUAUGGGAGUACUGGCCAGAUCUAAGUGUCCUCGAUUAAGAGAAAUCUGUGUGGGGAUUUUAGGUAAUAUGGCCUGUUUCCAAGAGAUAUGUGUGUCCAUCAGCAGUGAUAAAAAUCUUGGGCAAGUGUUAUUGCACUGUUUGUAUGAUUCAGACCCUCCUACUUUGCUGGAAACAAGCAGGUUGUUGCUAACUUGCCUUUCCCAGACAGAAGUGGCCAGUGUCUGGGUUGAAAGAAUACGGGAACAUCCAGCUAUUUAUGAUAGCAUUUGUUUCAUCAUGUCAAGUUCAACAAAUGUUGACUUGCUGGUGAAGGUGGGGGAGGUUGUGGACAAACUCUUUGAUUUGGAUGAGAAAUUAAUGUUGGAAUGGAUUAGAAAUGGGACUGCUCAGCCUUUGGACCAACCCCAGGAAGAUUCUGAAGAGCAACCAGUGUUUAAGAUUGUGCCCUGUGUACUUGAAGCUGCCAAACAAGUACGUUCUGAAAACCCAGAGGGGCUUGAUGUUUACAUGCAUAUCUUACAGCUGCUUACCACAGUGGAUGAUGGAAUUCAAGCAAUUGUACAGUGUCCUGAUACUGGGAAAGACACUUGGACUUUACUUUUUGACCUGGUCUGCCAUGAAUUCUGCCAAUCUGAUGACCCACCCAUCAUUCUGCAAGAACAGAAAACAAUGCUAGCCUCUGUUUUUUCAGUGUUGUCUGCCAUCUAUGCUUCACAGGCUGACCAGGAACAUCUAAAGAAAGAAAAAGUAGAUCUUCCUCUGAUUGACAGUCUAAUCCGGGUGUUACAAAAUAUGGAACAUUGUCAGAAGAAACCAGAGAAUUCAGUAGAGUCUAGCCAAGAAGAAAAUAAAAAGUCUGAUGCAACCCAAGAUGAUUUCCACUUGAAAAUCUUAAAGGAUAUUUCAUGUGAAUUUCUUUCUAAUAUUUUUCAGGCAUUAACAAAGGAGACUGUGGCACAGGGGCUAAAGGAGGGCCAGUUAAGCAAACAGAAAUGUUUCUCUGCAUUUCAAAACCUUCUUCCUUUGUACAGUCCAGUGGUGGAGGACUUUAUUAAAAUUUUACAUGAAGUCGAUAAGGCCCUUGCUGAUGACCUGGAGGAAAGCUUCCCAACUUUGAAGGUUCAGGCUUAAAAAAUGAGUUGGAAUUUCUUCUCCAAGAAAUAAACUUGAUUUUUUUCAUAGCUGAAAUUGACAUAUAGGAAAUAUUAGAUAAAACUGAUAGUAAACCUAAUUGCCCAUUAUUGUGCCCUUCCUCUCUAGACUUACCUCACUUAGUUAUUUGUCAUUGAAAUCUCAACUCUCACCUCCCUCCACUUUUAAUAUUGCUAAAGAGUUAUUUAUCUUAUUUGAAGAAAGCAAAAAUACAAGCUUACCUUUGAAGUUCUUUUUAGAAUAUUGAGGGGUUGGUGAGGAUUUUCUAUUAAUUUGAUUUUUAUGUGAAAAUUGUGGGUUGGUAUCCACUACAAGUACAUUCAGCUACAGUAAUAGAAAACUCUUAUAGUAGCUUAGUCUUUAUGUAUUUUGUGUAUUUAUGCAAUAAGAAGCCCAGAGCGGGGCAGUUCAGCUCUGAGAAGUGACUCAGGGACACUGCCUCCUUUCAUCUUUCCAUGAGACCUGCAAUGUAUACCUUUAUAUUCAUGUUUAUUGUUUCAUGGCUAAGGGGUCUUUCAUCUGCAUUUAGAAAGAAAAAGAGGCAAGGGGCUUCCUCUAGCAAAUCUUACGCUUUUUAUUGAAAGGACAGCCCUCCCUGGCCUACUUAUCACAUGGUCAUUCUGAGUUGUAAAUGUUUAAAAUUUAGUAUUUUUUUCUUUAUAGUCUCUGUAGAAGAGAAUAGUAAGAAAGAAGGGAGAUGUGAAUGUGAAUGGUACUUGAAUAGUCUGUGAUGUUUGCCGCAACAUGGAAAUAUGUUUUAGGCAUUUUGUUAAUUUGUGUCAAUUCCUCUCCAGAUUGUUAGUAAUUAUUCAAAAGCAGUUAUUGCUCUUAAUUUACCUUUGUUACAUUUCAAAUUUUUUUCCCUAUAUUGGGCAUAUGAAGGCAGAAAUGUUGUCAUUGUGAUAAAAGUACAUUAGCUGAAUUCUGUUUUCAGCAUUAUUCCAGUGGUUGAAUUUCAGAUAGUAAUUUGCUUGAGGAAAUUCAGAUUAUUGAAAAUUAAGAUUGAGGGGAGUAGGUAACUUCUGAUGGUUUAUGAACUGUGCUGUACACACUGUUACUCUGUAUAGUGCUUCCUACUGAAUGUAUUGUAUUCAGGUAAUCAACCAGGUAUGUUUAAAGAAUCUUUCAAUUUGUAUUAUUUCAGAUACUAAAAGUGGAAUUUCUGAUGGAUUUAAAGAAAAUAUCAGUUAUGAGUAACACAGCUAGCUUUUUAAGCCCAUUUCACAUUUAUUUUAGAAAAUUUUUUU